CGCGACCAAUGGUGGAGGCUGCAGCCUGCGAACUAGUCGGCGGCUCGGGCGCCGGCAGGGAGCGGCUCGGCGGCGGGCAGUGCAACCUUGGGUGGGAGCGCGCGGCGCCUCAAAAUGUCUUCCAGUGGCACCCUCAGCAACUACUACGUGGACUCGCUUAUAGGCCAUGACGGCGACGAGGUGUUCGCGGCGCGCUUCGGGCCGCCAGGGCCAAGCGCACAGGGCCGGCCUGCAGGUGUGGCCGAAAGCCCGGCCGCCGCCGCCGAGUUCACCUCGUGUAGUUUUGCCCCCAAGUCGGCCGUGUUCUCCGCCUCGUGGUCCGCGGUGCCCGCCCAGCCCCCGGCGGCGGCGGCGAUGAGCGGCCUCUACCACCCGUACGUGCCCCCGCCGCCCCUGGCCGCCUCCGCCUCUGCCUCUGAGCCCGGCCGCUACGUGCGCUCCUGGAUGGAGCCACUGCCCAGCUUCCCGGGCGGCGGCGGCGGCGGCGGCGGCCCGGGCCCCGGUCCCAGCCCCGGCCCCAGCCCCGGCGGCCCAGCCAACGGGCGCCACUACGGGAUUAAGCCUGAAACCCGAGCGGUCUCGGCCCCCGCUGCCGCCACCGCUGCCUCCACCACCUCCUCCUCCACUUCCUUGUCCUCCUCCUCCAAACGGACUGAGUGCUCCGCGGCCCGUGAGUCCCAGGGGAGCAGCGGCUCCGAGUUCUCAUGCAACUCGUUCCUGCGGGACAAGGCGGCAGUGGCGGCUGGAGGAAGCGGGCCCGGGGUGGGGAUCGGGUCUGGGGCCGAAGCCGGCGCCGGGGCGGGAGGCUCGUCGGAGCCCUCGGCUUGCAGCGACCACCCGAGCCCAGGUUGCCCGCUGAAGGAGGAGGAGAAGCAGCAUCCGCAGCCGCCGCAGCAGCAACUUGACCCAAACAACCCUGCAGCGAACUGGAUCCACGCUCGCUCCACCCGGAAAAAGCGCUGUCCCUACACGAAAUACCAGACGCUAGAGCUGGAGAAGGAAUUUCUCUUCAACAUGUACCUCACCCGGGACCGGCGCUACGAGGUGGCCAGGAUUCUGAACCUCACAGAGAGACAGGUCAAAAUCUGGUUCCAGAACCGUAGGAUGAAAAUGAAAAAGAUGAGCAAGGAGAAAUGUCCCAAAGGAGACUGACCUGGCGUGGUGCGGGCGGGAGCGCCCCAAAGGCAGCGGUUUUGUCUUUUCUUUGUGGGUGCUUGAUUUCCAGAAACUCUCCAGCGACUCAGACUUUAAUUAUUAUUAUUAUUAUUAUUUUUAGGUAGAAGUGACUGUGUGGUUGGUCUCUGUGAGGUAUUUGGGGGACUCUAUUUACUGGCUUAUGUAUGGGAGAAAUCAAGCGGCUUUGGGGUUCCAUACCCUAUCCCAGUCCCUCUCUUUCCUGCUCCCUUGGUUUCUUGGGAAAUGCUGUAUUUUGUGAGUGCACGCAGGCUUGAGGAGCCCUCUCGUGUAAAUGUUCCCCAGGUUUCUGAAAAGUGCUGUAGUUUAGUCCCGCGCUGCCCAUACAGGGGCCAGGCGCACACCCCAAUCCCAAGAGUGAAGGCAGAGCGGCGCCAACACUUCGACACUUCGGACAUCUCCACUGCUAGCUCGCUCUGAAGUCUGCCCGGUUGUCCCCCCCCCCUCCUUCCGAAAGCCCCCUUUCCUCAGGGAGCCUGCAGGACCUCAGAGUGAGGCCUAGAGAGGAGCCCAGGGCCUUGGGUGGGUCGGGGAUUUGUUUUCUGUGCAUUGGACUAGCUGCUCUCUCCCCGGGAGGGCUGAGCUCCUGUGGGCGCCGCGGGUGGUGGCCCUCCCGGUUCCUGCCAGAGUACCAGUUGUAAAUGUUACCGCUUCCUACCAAUAAAUGCUGACCUGAUCAAAU